AUGGCUAUUGAGAUCGACAUGGUGGAAGUCACGGAUAAGCUGCGGUUCGCAACGGGUUCACCCUUCGCAAGACGUCGCUCUUGCAAAAGUGGAGGCAGUGCUGAGGAUGGAUUCUCAAACUAUCUCCAGAUUCGAGAUUUCGGACGUGAAGGAACCCAAAGUUUGGUUAAUCAGGUCGUCGCCAAUCAGCCAGAGUUCGCUGCUGCCUUCAGAUGCGCGAUUGGUACUCCAAUGAAUCCUACUAAGCGGUGUGCUGUUUGGUAA